GUUAAAAUCCAACGGUUAGUGACGGCGAAGUCAGUGCGGGAGGCGUGUGUGCUGCAGCUCCGUGGGUCGUUUUCCAACACUCAAAAUUAACAAAAAAAACUAACCUGACCUACGCUGGUUCAGUAACGAUGGCUGAAGGUGACAACAAAAGCGCUAAUAUGCUGGUGAGUAUUCACAGUUUUUUUCUGAGUAGGUUGAGAAUUUGAAUUGUUUUGUCCGUUGUGGGUGUGUUUUGUGAUAGCAGCAUUAGCAUAAACUAUUGUUAAUCUUCACGCUGUCGAGGAUUGUCUCUGUUGAGAGAUGAACUCACUUUGCGCGGACUCUGCUCAAUUUUGUGGAGAGUUAAUUUUAAUAUCUUAUAUUGGUCCAAUAACAGCCGCUUGAUUGCAACAACGAGCGCGGCUAACGUCAGCUAGCUAGCCAGUUAGCGUGCUACUUUAAUACGUCUUACCCCUUUAGCUUUAGCUUUGACACCCUGCCAGCAGGCGUAAAGCGAACUUUAACCUUCUCUAUUUUAACAGUUUUAUACAUGAAUCAAGAUGUAAUAUAUUUCUCACUCGAUGCUGUUCGCUGAAAUAUAAAAGGUGCUGUUUAUAUACCAUAUCUAGCAUGAAUGUAUACUAAAUACUGCACAGUCAUAUUGGUAACGGAAGGUGCCGUUAUCGUUGUCCUGUUUAUCGCUUCAGACGUACACACCCUGGACUUAAGACUAAAACAUCUUGUUUUUUAAGUUCAUAACGCAUUGUACUGUUAGAAAAAUGUCUAGCCAGUUUCCAGAGUUAUCUAGAAACUGACAAUUUUCAUCUCAGGUGCAAAGUUUAAUAGGGUUGCGAACAAAAAGAUAUGUCUAAAGCCUUUCUACCACCAAACCACAGUGACCCUAUUUCUGAAUUAUACAUUGAAAUAUGAUGGUCGACUCUUUGUGUGCACAGGUGUCCUAUAUGUUUUCAGUGGAGUGCUUUACAUUCAAGCUCAAGGAUGAUGUCUCCUGUUACACACUUCAGAGUAGAUAUCCAUGUCCACCAGUCAAAUACACUCCAAUUACAGAAAUGUGAACGUUCGAGGACACUUUUUGUGGGAAUCCAUCGAUAAAUCAGCUCAGAAUCUGUAAAAGCUGUCAUAAGCCCAUUGGUAAAUGUGCCUUGAGCUGAUAGCAGUUGCUGAUGUAGAUGAAGAUAUCUGUUGGAUCAUACCCCCUUGGUGACUAAAGCUAAUGAUCUCCAUAUUUGAAUCAGAGAUAGACCACUUUUAUUAGGUUGAGUAAUCGAUUGAUCAGGCUGAAUAAAUGGCCUUUUGAGGCCUUCAGCAUCAGACCCCAUGGCCAAUAACAUGAUCUUUUCCAAACAAAAGAAUGUAUUUUUCUCAUCCUCAAUAGCAUCUUACAUCUGAAAUUGAUAUGUGCUGAUGUUUCAUAUGAAGUCUGUUAUGAUGUAUUAAAUGACAGUUGAAUAUUGCUUCAUGGGAAAUGUUUAUUUCAAGCUGAAUGAAGGCCCUCUUUAAUUAACUUCCUUCUGAAAAUUGAUUUUGAAGAGAUUAUUUCCCCCCCAGAAGAAUUGUGUGAUUGUGAACAAAGGUUUUGUGAAUUUAUUCUUUUUAUGGUGGGAUUUGUGCCGACUAAAAGACAAUGUCCGGGAGACCUGAAUGGUUUUUAGGUCAACAGGUUGUGAAACAGCCUCUAAUUAUAGAAUUGCCUUGUCAUGGCCUUCAAAAGUAAACGAAAUCACCAGGGACAAAAUUGAUCAUUUCUGUUUACUGUUGUCCCUGUGCUUGUACUGCCGAAGAGUAGGGGUCAGAGGAGGUGAUUUGCAACACUCACAAACUGCUUUUUGAACAUUUCCCACAGCAAAUAGCUCAAGAUAGAGGAUGCAUUUGGUUGUAAGAAACCAGCAGGAUGAGAUUUUUAUUAGACAUUCCCUGCGUUGAUAUAAGACAGGAAAGGAUUACAAAGAGAUCAAAUGCUCCACUUUAUCUUCAGGCAGUGCUGUAACAGACACAAACCAGAGAUUUGUCACAGAAGUUUUGACAGCGAUUCUAUUACUAGGAUUAGUGUCUCUAGAUGGGAUAACUAAUAACAACAAAAAAAUUAAAAUGAGCCACAACUACUAAGCCGUAUUAGAAUCAUCUUAUUAGCAAAAUGACAAUUCAGAGCAGAGAUCAGGGAGCAGAGCCGCAGACCUACACGCUCCUCUGCACUUUUGUUAGAGCAGCCUCCUAGCUACUAUCACUUCAAUAUAUUAUCGGCCCUAAUUUCUUUUAAUCACUGCAUCUGAAAUACUGAUUAGAUCAUAAUCAAUGUAGCUUUUAUUUAGGGUGAGUUUAAUGAGUUUGGGUUUAAUUUUGUUUCCAGGCUCAGGAAACGGCCCAGCUGGAGGAGCAGCUGCAGGGCUGGGGUGAGGUGAUCCUGGCUGGAGAUCGCGUCCUGCGCUGGGAGAAGCCUUGGUUCCCUGGAGCCCUGAUGGGUGCAACCACUGUGGUCUUCCUGUUAGUAUUUAUGUGACUGGGCUGCCUCACAGACUCACACACAGCUGGGCACAUAGUUGGCAUAGCAUAUGUUUCCACCCUCCCAGCAGUAAGGCGUAUCUGUAUCAAGAUAAAGAGGGGAAGAAUCUACACUCACCAAGCUGUAUUAUGUUUGUUGAAUAUGUCAAUCACAUCUGAAGUCAGUUAUGUUGAGCUAUGCUGCAGUUCUGCCACAGAAACUCGAAGAAAAUGUUUAUUGUUCUGGGUAGCAAUUUGUUAAAUGAGGUUAGGCUGUUGCAUUCUUCAACAAUCCUGAACAACGCACAACACAGUGCAUUCCUUUUACAUCCCUAAAUGUUCACACCCUUCCAUCAAUCUCUGGUUUUCACUCACUGUUUGUUCAGGCUCCUGUUAUUGUCUUUGCAGAAGGGUAACAUACGAGUCAAGUGCAGAGAUCUCUGUCAAAUCAAGCAGAAAGAGAAACUGACUUCUUAGUACACACGCGUAUCUACAAGAUGCUUCAGUUUAAUUGUCAGUACCUUGUCCAAAAGUUGUUCCUUACCCAGUCUGCUUGGCUGUCUUCCCCUCCAGGUUGAUUUACUACUUGGACCCUUCAGUGCUGACUGGGCUAUCCUGCACCGUCAUGCUCCUCUGCCUUGCAGACUACCUUGUGCCCACUCUGGCUCCCAGGGUCUUUGGCUCCAAUAAGUGGUGAGAGACUGGGUAUUAAAUUCACCUUGAUAGGCCAGGAUGGGAAGAACUUAAUUGAUCCCUGAAGGGGAGUUCACUUUGAUGGGGAGAAAAUCAAGUUUUCUUGCACAACAUGAUAAAAAAAAUUCUCCCAUGUCUUCAGUGUUUGCUCUCACAAUCAUGUUUUAUUUCAGGGCUUCUUUGAAUAAUGCAAUCCAAAAAUAGAUGUUCUUGUCAGUCAUGAUUCAAAUUCUCACCCAGCCCAUCAGACAGUUUGUUUUUCUAUUACUUCGUCUGAGGGAAAAAGCUAUAAACUUGCUAAACAGUACAUCAGCCAUUGAUGGUGAUAUUAAACUGUAAAGAAAGUCUCAGCUUUGCUCUGAGAGCAAAUCUUUAAACCAUUUCAGUACAAAAUGAUUUCUUUUGUCCACUCGUAGACCUCUCUUAGCUUUCUCAUCUAUCACCAUCUGAAUGCUGUGACCUGACACCUGUCAAGCACAUCCUGCUAUAUCUUGUAGCUUUGACAUUAUACAGUGCUUACUGAGCAGUCACGCUGUGUGUAUGUGGUGGUGAUAAUUCGUCAUCCUGGACAGGAUAGAGUAACAGACCGGGUCUGUUCAGUGAGAAACAACAACUAGAGUUUAAGCUUUUAGUUCAGAGUUGAUAGCAGUUUGAAGCACCAGCCUUUAGUCAGCAUUUGGCUGUGGAAGAACUUCGGUGUUUACUCAUUAAUGUGCAUAGAUUUGAGGGAUUUUUUCCAUUUUUGAGCAAAUAUAGGCAAGAAGAGUUUAUUAUCUAAUUAAGAUUUUUUUUGUUAUUAUUAUUUAAUGCAUCAUAGUCCAGACUGGUCACUCAGUAAGUGUGCAGCAGGAAUGUGACUAUGAACACCAGUGAAAAGGAGCUUUCACAGUCUGGUCAUGGUCCCUGUUCAGCCGUCUGACAAGGACGGAAAUAGGAAAGGAUGGCUAAGCAGAAAUGAAGGCCACUUUUUACAGCUGCUCUCCCCCUUCUUGCUCUCGGCCAGUCCUGUAUCAUAAUAGAACUGUUUAAAGUGAACCCUGAUACCUAACACUAUGUUGUCCAAGAUAAAAACACGACUGAUGUUUGAACUAUGGGGAAAAAAUAUUGUGUAGUUAAGCAACAAAAAGUUUCACAUAUUUCCGUCUUAUUUCUUUAAAAUCUGUACAAGAUCACCGUCUGUUAACACCCACCCCCCCAUCUGCUAGGUCCUGCAGGAAGUGGCUCUUGCCAGGAUGCAGUUUUAGUUUUGUGUUUUCUAAUUUACACCUCGUCUCAUGCACAGGACCACCGAACAGCAGCAGCGUUUCCAUGAGAUCUGCGGUAACCUGGUGAAGACUCAGCGCCGCAUCGUGGGCUGGUGGAAGCGACUCUGCGCUCUCAAGGAGGAGAAGCCAAAAAUGGUAAAAGAAAACAUCAAACUUAAUCCGUAAAACUUCAACUUUAGCCAAGAACCUUUAUGUGCUGACUGCGGAUAGCAUAGAGCUCUCCUGUCUGUUUAUUACAAUGGGGAGCUUUCUCUGUGCUCCGGGUAAAAAUAUCCUCAGCUGAUUUGGCUUUGCUGCUCCACUUAGCAGCCCUCAAAGUGGGUUACAUGCCAUGAUAACCUGGUUUUUCCCAGAAGGCCUUAACACGGUUAGAGACAAUUUAAAAUCAUUCUUGAUCUCUAAUAGUUUUAUAGGCUUUAUAUAAUGAUGGGGCAUGUUCGGCUGAUAAAAAUAUAUCAAGUUAUGUUUAUCUGAGGGAAUAAGUCUUGAUUCUAAGGCUGCGGUCUGUGCGCCUGAGUAGGGGUGAGUUGAAUGUAAUGUGACCUCCCUCCUCUUCACAGUACUUUGCCUCAGUGAUCAGCAGCCUGCUGGCAGUGGCCUGGAUUGGACAGCAGGUGCACAACUUGUUCCUCACCUACUUGAUCGGUGAGUACACCAAUUUCCCAACAUCCAGUCCUAUAUACGUGAGUCAGGUGGUUCUUUGUGGCUCUGCUGUAAGUCACACAGAGAGAGAGAGAGAGCAGCAUUCUCUGGACCGAGGAGAUGAAAUAUUAUCUGCAGCUCCACAAGGCAGCGGUAUUUGCAAGGAAGGUGUGUCAGACUGUCACCGCUCAGGGAAACGCACACCUGUCAGUCACGCAUGUUCACAGUGGACAUGUUAAGGCAGAGGCAGUGCAAUGAGGCCGACUUAGCCUAUAGAGCUUACUCUGAUGGCCAAACCAAAAACACUUCAAGGCCCCCUCCAAGGACUUCAGUGACAGACACCCAGUCCUCUCCUCUGAAAAAUACAAAAGAGGACAGAUUGACAUAUGAGCUGCUUAGCUGUGUUAUAAUGUCAGGGUAUCAAUGAGUCAAAGAGACCCAUCCUGCAUCUGGAGUAAUAUGACAAGCUUGUUAAAAUGAGUUUUAUAAUUUCUGGGUCCCAUGCUCAAUUGUUAGACCACUAAACACCAGAACGGAGCUUACGUGACUUGCCACUUCCUCUGCGGUGGUUCUGUAGCUGAUCUGUGAACAAGCAAAUCAUCUUGGUGGCCGGGUGUCAGUCUCGGUGAAGUGUCAUUCUGAUGUCUUGUGAGAAAUGAGUUAGACCGGGAGAGUCAGACUGGCACAAGUGGAAGGUUCUGUUCUCUGGACUUGUAAUAACAGUCUGGGCCUGUCAGUGGCGAAAUAAAGCACUUGUAGUGGAUACAGUUUGAUGAUCCCUUGAAGUUCCCUUUAAAGAAACUUGGGUUUAACUGUUGUGUCGCAUAAAGCAACACACCCUCAGUGAUAGAGUUCAGUUUAGGCUACCAGCCCUUUUGAUAUGAAGGACUUGUUUGUUCAGGAUCCCGUUCUUCUGCUGCAUUACGAAAUGUUUCUUUUCAGUUCAGCUGCUGUGGUGAACUACUGAGAUGACCCUAUUUGGCAAUACAUGACACAACAGAAACAGGAAGUGAUAGAUAUCUGUGUUAGAAGUCACACUUAUGCAGUUUGUCAUGAGUUUUUUAUUUCCAUCCGCUGGUUGUUCAGUAAUUACUUUCUACAAGAGGCAGCGGUUCAGUCUGUGUGUUGAAACACUGAAGCAGUUAAACUGCAGACCCUCUGCUUUCCAGAAGGUUCUUUCCCCCGCCCGAUCACAUGAGCUCUGCCCGUUAUUACCUGGAUUCCUGUAAGUGUGACUCAGAAGUGCAGCAGUAAUGUUGAUCAAUACCUGAACCCCUGAGGCAGUGAAAGGAAUUAAAUCAGCACUGUUGUCGUUAUAUCUGAGACACACAGUGGUGAUGAAAGUUCUAUGACUCUUUACCCACCCAAAAAAGUGGAGAAAAUCUUGUUGUCAUGACAGUUUCUCAGCCUUUCAGUGGAUUUUGAAGUGAGCAGUUGACAAACAGUGGCGUCAGCUUUAAAGCUUUACAGCAGAGCCUCAGGGAGACUGACAGUUAAUGAAUCAGCAGGUUUCCCAGCCGCGCAGAAGCCAACACUAUACACAUUGUGUAAGCUGAGAUAUGACAAGCAUUUAGCAAAACCAUAAAAAGAUGAUCUCAGAGGGUGCGUGACUCUGAAACAAAGUGUUCUUUAUUUUGAAUCUCAGAUGAAGUUUCUGUCAGGGUUAAAUUGGCUCACACUCUGCUUCAUGUUUGAAAGACUUGAUCCCCACAACCCCGAUAAUACCUCCUUUACUAAAAUACACUUCCUGUUGAAAAUCCACAAAAGCCAGCUGGUCCUAUAAAGGCAAGAGGCUGCCUAAGGUCACAUGAGCCAGUAAGUGUUAGAUUUAUUUGCUGAAAGCUUUCUGAUUAUUCUGAAUAAGCUUUUGUCAACAGUUGUCUACCCCUGAAUCUGAAUAUUCUGGAAGCAGGGUAAAAGUUUUCUGAUGAUGGAAAUGUCGACUUCUUCUACUCCCUUCCUCUUCCUCAGAGUUGUUGGAAUGUGUAACAUCCUUUUUGUUAACACAACUCUCUGAAAUAGAGGGGUUUUGUUCAUGUACUUUUUUUUUUCUUUUAACUUGCCAUGCUUUCAUAAUGACCUGUUUUUUUUUUACAUUUCACAAGCGAAUGUCCAACUCCAAGGCCUCUUGAGUUUUCUGUAAGGCAGUUUUUUUUAGGGUAGCAUUGCUGAAAUGUCUUAAAGUUCAACUUUGAGGAAGGUUGGAUUAUGGAAACAUCCAACAAAUGUGUAACAGAUGCAGAAUUAUUUUUUAAAGCAAAACCAGUGCAAGAAAAAGCUUCUCCAUCAGGAAUUAGGAGCACAUUUAAACAUUGUCUACGAGUGACAGUUGAAAUUUCUAAGCCAGCUUUGAUUUCCUUCUUUAUAACAUUUAGCGAAACAUAAAAAUAGAUCAAUGCAGCAUCCAAAAUUAAAGCGCCAAAUAAGGACAGAUUUUCUCUGCUGUUUGCAUGUCGGGUCUUAGCAGUGGCUUGCUCGCACAUGGGUACAAUACUCUCCACUGCUUACUACACUGGACAUGAGCUCCUGUGCUUGAUCUGGGUUUAGAGGGUCCUUUUUUAAAUUCUGCACAUAUUUAGUUUGAUGCACCAAACCCAACGUGGUAUUCAGAGCACUCUGAAAGAAGUAUCAACAUGAUGUGUAAAACCAGUGGCUGCAGGUGUAUUAUUCACAGCCACACGUGUUGCACACUGACACCAUCUUUUUCUCUUUUUUUUGCAGUGAGUUUCCUGUUGCUCCUUCCUGGCCUGAACCAGCACGGCGUCAUCACGAAGUACGCUGGUAUGGCCAAGAGGGAGAUCAACAAACUGCUCAAACAGAAGGAGAAGAAGAACGAAUAGAUAGAAGUGUUGAUGAGCGAAAUUCUGGAAGAAAGAUGACAACAUGAAGCUGAAGGAGAAAGGAAGUUAUUUGGGGUGCAGAGGAGAGCACACAAGUUGAGGAAAAAGCCCCCCUGGUUAUUUGGUCUCUGCCACAGAGGAAGACACUUUUUUUUUUUUUCUUUUUUUUCUUUUUCACACAUCAGAUAAGUUUCAUUUCUUCCUCCCACACUUUUAACGUUUCGUCACCCACUUGUUUUUUUUCUUCUUUAUGAAUUCAAAGGCCAUGCAUGAAGCCACCACGAGGGUUAUCUGCGCCACACAUCCACACUCACCGAAGUACGCAACAGACACAAAGUUCAAUUUUUCUUUUUGUUUAGUAGUUUAAGUGCGCUUCAUUUAAAGAUGUAAGUAAUGCUUUUAGACCAUUUACUCUCCUUAGACAAAGUUACUACUGAGCAGUUAUUGUAGCAUUACUGCAUCAUUUUAGCCUCUUGGAUUCCUCACAGAAAUGAUUUUUGUCACCCAUGUACAGGUCAAGUGUGUUUUACCUUUUUUUUUUUUUUUUUUUUUUUUUUUUUUCUGCUUUUGUUAUUUAUAACUAGCGCUUAAAACAAAACUGGAAUUUAAAGUAGAGCUCUCCAGGAGUGAAACACAAGCAAACUGCUGUACCGCUGCUAGCUGGACUCUGUCUAUUAGCUCUUAUCUAAAAAGCCCCUGCAGUGAGUUACUGAUGUGGGCACUCUGUAAAUAGCCCCCCCCUCCCCCUCAAUCUGUCCCUGUCAGUCAUCCUUUACUCUCUUCUUGAUAUUUAUCUGUGAUCCUUCCUCCAAAGUCUCAACUCUUCUGGUCUGAUCACUGUCUUUUAACUCAAUUCAUUGUUUGUUUGUGUUGCAGAUCUUUAUGAAACAAAAUAAAGUUUGAUUUAAAAAGAAAAUGCUCUAAGCACGGUGGGAAUUAUUGCUAAAUAAUUUUGUCUGUUGUACCUAUAAAUGUCAUGAAUAACUUAACAGGUGUAAUCUUGAACCAGCAUAAUUCUGCUUUUUGAAUACAACUAGCAUUUGCUACGGCAGUGGUUCUCAAUCCAGUCCUCGAGCCCCCCUGUUCUGCAUGUUUUGGAUGUUUCCCUGCUCCAUCACACCUGAUUCAAAUGAUCAGCUCGUUACCAAGCUCUGUAAUGGCGUAAUAACGAGCUGAUCAUUUGAAUCAGGUGUGUUGGCGCAGGGAACAUCCAAAACAUGCAGGACAGGGGGGGCUCAAGGACUGGAUUGAGAACCACUGUGCUAUGGUAAACUAUUACGCUUUUAUACAACAAAUCUUACUAUUUCCACAUGGCUACAUUCUGACCUCUCGAGUGAUUACUAAAGCCUUUUUUUAUUUUAUUUUUUUCUCCCUGUACCCCAUGAAAAACUGAUUCUCUCCAGGAAUUUUUUCCAGAUUGAAGAUGUCUGGUUGCAUCCAGUCAAUGCUGCAAGUCUGACUGCAUGCAACUAGCAUUAGCUUUAAUUCAUUAUUGUUCAAUAAUUUACGCUCAAGUGUUUAGGAUGAAACCACACAGGAGUCAGUUUGAUAUGUUGGACAGUUGAGUGUUGUGCAGUCAGAGUCUGAGUGCAGAGUCGUCUGUCUUCCAUGCUCUUGAUGCCUAAAGCUGCUUGUCUAUGGAAUGUCUGCUGGGAUUUACCCUGGACCAGCUGCCUACUUUGCUUCACCUGCACACAGGUCUGUUGGGUCAGGAUUGCAGCAGCCUGAUUGACUCUGGUUUCACAGGUGGUUUAAGGUGGUUUAUAGACGAAGGAAAAGAAGAAGAUGCAGGUUUAUAAACAAAAUUUAAAAAACUGAUAGUUAUGCUACAUACUGUCUGUAAUGCUUAAAGAUUACAGCUGAUAUUCUCCAUGUAAUAAAAGUAUGCACUAUUAUUUUACCCUAAUAAUUUUGGCAA